CGUUAUAUACGGGCAUCAUCUACGGCGGAUUUGACUUGUUCAACCGUCACGCCGGACUCUAACUUCACUUCGCAUUUUGCUGCAUUCAUAGCGCCUCUUUGUCUUCCUAUCCAGUUCACCAUGGCUCCACGCGCCGCUGAGUUGUUCGACAUGAUGAGCGGCGCUGUGGAUGAAGUGGGUCCGUCUCUAGUGACUAAAGUGAAGGGCGUCAUCAAGUUCGACAUCUCGGGCGCCGGUGCAUGGCUCGUGGACCUCAAGAACGGCAAGGGCAGCGUUAAGUCUGCGACCGCCAGCGACAAAGCCGAUCUAACCAUCUCUUUGUCCGAGGAGAACUUCCUUAAGAUGAUGGACAAUAAGCUCAACCCGCAGCAGGCGUUCAUGAAGGGGCUGGUGAAGAUCAAGGGCAACAUGGGACUCGCCAUGAAGCUCAACGUGGUGCUGUCGGCCACGCGCAACUACAUGAAGAAGAAAAGCGCUGGUGCCAAGCCUGCAGCAGCUGCUCCUGCCGCUGCUCCAGCAGCCACUGGAGGACUCAACUCGAAGGAGAUCUUCCGUCUACUGGGAGAAGUGGUAGCUAAGGACGGCGCUUCGAUGUCCAAGAAGGUAAAAGGUAUCAUCCAGUUCGACAUUACGGGAGCUGGCAAGUGGAACCUGGACCUGAAGAGCGCCACGCCAGCGCUCACGGAGGGCUCCAAGAAGGCAGAUGUGACUAUCACGAUCAAUGACGCCGACUUUGUCGCUAUUGCAAUGGGCAAACUCAACGCACAGCAGGCGUUCAUGAAGGGCAAACUCAAACUCAAGGGCAACAUGACGCUCGCCAUGAAGCUGCCGGUUGUGUUCAACGCUCUCAAGCCGCAGUCCAAGCUGUAGAGUCGUUUUACCGGCUGAAGACAGCGACACAGCUACAUAGCUGCAGAUAAUGAAAGCCAUCUCCAAAUUUCCUCCAAGUCGACCGUAACAUCUCUGAUCUGGGUAGUAAUCUCGUAUAUUUUUUGUUUUCAAAGCGUGGAGCUGGCGGCCAAAAUGUCAGUAGCUCUCCACUACACGCCUUGUUCUUACUAUACCAUAAUCGCUCGUUGAGUACGAGAAAAAAGCAGGAGUGGCCAGCACGCAGUACUCGAUGCUAGUCUUCCAUCUCACUCCCACAGGAGUCGAAAAAGGGGAAAUCAACUAUUUGGGGCGUGACGCCCAUUGUGUGCGUCUACUGCUGCUUGGGCUUGGAGG